AGCGGGAGCGCGGCGGCGGGUUCAGCGUCGCCAUGACGAGUGACCUGGACAUCUUCGUGGGCAACACGACGCUGAUCGAUGAGGAGGUUCUGCAGCUCUGGCUGGACGGGCACUCGGUGUCGGAGGCGGUGGCGCGGCGCCUGCGGGGGGGGCUCCUGGACCACACGGGCUCCUCGGUGCAGGUGCUGCAGAGCGACACCCGCGACCACUUCCGCACGUUCCAGAUGUUGGAGCGGCUCCUGCACGCCCCCCCCCGCCUGCUGCAGCAGCUGCUCUUCCAGAUCCCCCCCCCGCGGCAGGCGCUGCUCGUCCAGCG